UAGAAAAGGACUUCAAAUGAAAGCAGUAGUUCCCUGCCCAGAUUCCCUACUCUCCCAGUCUCAUUUCCCAGAGGACUGUUUCACUUUAUGGUUUCCUUUGUAAUUCUCAGUAAUGUGUCUGUAUCACAGUUUGUUGGUUGAAAUAAAUACACUUCACUUAGAACUAAUCGUACUGAGCCUAAACAUUGUAAUUAGAAUAUGGAUGGAGGGGAAUUAAGUUUACACUCCAAAUGUCAGUGAUAGGGAAUGGGAAUAAGUUAAGAGUCAGUAGCUACGUUGGGGGUGAUGAGUUUGUUCUCAGUUCUUGUCCCCCUUGGAACAAAGAAUUAAGGGCAGAGACACAGUAGUGAAGCAGAAUGAAAAUUGUAUUUGAAUAUACUCCAAGGGAGGAAUGGGCUAGAGUCAAGGUAGAUAAACGCAGGCUUACUUGCUUAUCUGGAGGAGGACAGAGAGAGUGAAGACUUGUGCUUAAAGUCUGGAAAAUAGAAUGGAAUAGCAUAGUGACAAAGACACCACUGGAAGAGCACAGAGACGUGUAUAAGUUGAGCAGUAAAAAAACUCUUUUAAAGAUACACACUCCAAGAAUGGGGGAGUGUGGGCAACCUCAGAGAAGAGGAGAAUCCUAAUAGCUGGGAUUUUGUCUUUCAAGGCUUUCAAGAAUGGGGCAAAGUUAAAGGGUCAGGGGUGUAGGGUUGUCAGUGGGUCUCAUCUCACAAUUCUAUCUCUGGUAAGAGACAAUAUGUCAUUGUCUAUAGCUAGUCCUCUAGGUAAUUCUUUAGGACAAACCUUUUAUUCUUCUCUAAAAUAGUGGCCACUCCCAAGGAACACAUCAGUUAAGACUGCUUGCCUUGCCUUAAGAUUGGAAGAGGAAUCAUGUCAGAAGAAACAGUGAAAGAAUCACAGUUUUCCUUGAAGAUAGCAGUCCUAAGAGUGUUUGAUCUUCCUCUGUCUUGGUACUGUUCUCUCUCCCAGAUAAAAUUUUCACCAGUAGCAAAAAAGUUGUUUGUGGUCACUGCAGUGAGUGCUGUAUCUGUAAUUUUCCUGGCCCAUCACUUUAAAAGGAGACGUGGAAAGAAGAAAGGAAAAAUAUUACCAUGGGAACCAGAGCAUCUCAUACUUGAAUACGCUAAAAGAACUGCAUCAGACAAAGGUUCAAGUUGUUCCAGUAGUAGACAGAAUUUGACACUGUCUUUAAGUUCUGCCAAAGACAAAGGAUCUCAGUCUUGUAACUAUGCUAAUGGAGGACUUUUCAGUAAAUACUCAGGUUCUGCACAGAGUUUAGCCUCUGUCCAGAGUGUCAAUUCUUGUCAUAGCUGUGCUUGUGGCAAUUCUAAUUCCUGGGACAAAGCAGAUGAAGAUGAUAUUAAACUUGUUAAUAUUCCUGUGACCACUCCUGAGAAUUUAUACUUGAUGGGCAUGGAGUUGUUUGAAGAGGCAUUGCGUCGAUGGGAGCAAGCUCUCACCUUUCGAAAUAGACAGGCUGAAGAUGAAGCUUGUGGUUCCAUUAAAUUGGGUGCAGGAGAUGCCAUUGCUGAAGAAAGUGUGGAUGAUAUUAUUAGCACUGAAUUUAUCCAUAAACUUGAAGCUCUGCUGCAAAGAGCAUAUCGUCUCCAAGAGGAGUUUGAAGCUACCCUGGGAGCUUCAGAUCAUAAUUCUCUUGCUAAUAAUAUUGAUAAAGGUACAGAUACCACCAUGAAUGGGAAUGUGGACGACUUUGGCCUGCGACAUACCUUGAGCAUUGCAUCAACUGAUUCCUUUGCUUCAGCAGCAGAGCUUGCAGAACACAGAGAAAUGCGGCACACCUACAGUCUGGAGUCUCUUUGCCACUGCCCUUUUUAUGAAGAAGCCAUGCAUUUAGUUGAAGAAGGAAAAAUUUACUCAAGAGUUCUUAGAACUGAAAUGUUGGAGUGCCUAGGAGACAGUGAUUUUCUUGCCAAACUUCACUGUAUUCGACAGGCUUUUCAGGUACUACUUUCAGAAACAGCCAACAGGAUAUUCCUCGCUGAGAGUGGAAGGAAAAUUUUAUCAGCAUUAAUUGUGAAAGCACGAAAGAAUCCAAAGAAGUUUGAAGACGUUUUUGAUGAAAUGAUCUAUUUUUUAGAGCAGACUGAUCACUGGGAUAGUACUGAAAUGGAACUUGCCGCUAGAGGAGUGAAAAAUCUAAAUUUUUAUGAUGUUGUUCUGGAUUUUAUAUUAAUGGAUUCUUUUGAAGAUUUAGAAAACCCACCCACAUCCAUACAGAAUGUAGUAAAUAACCGCUGGCUAAACUCCUCCUUCAAAGAAACUGCAGUGACUUCAAGUUGUUGGUCAGUGCUGAAACAGAAAAGGCAACAGAUGAAGAUGUCUGAUGGAUUUUUUGCCCACUUUUAUGCCAUUUGUGAGCACAUCAGCCCUGUCCUUGCCUGGGGCUUCUUGGGUCCAAGGAAUUCUCUGUAUGAUUUAUGUUGCUUCUUUAAGAAUCAAGUUCUUUUCUUUCUUAAAGACAUUUUUGAUUUUGAGAAGGUACGCUAUUCCAGUAUAGACACUUUGGCAGAAGACCUUAUGCAGUUACUCAUUCGCCGCACUGAGCUUUUAAUGGCCUAUCUUGGAGCUGAUGCACUGAGGCAUACUAGUAGUUGUGUAAGUAGUCAUGGCCAUGUGAUGUCCAGCAGCCUAUUGGAAGCCAAAGUACAGUAGAGACCAUAAAAAUACAAUUUGAGUGUGCUAUGAAAUAUUUAAGGUAACUAUUGAUUUUGUGACACAUCAAGAAUUGGUGGAUAUGGACUCAGGGAGGAAAAAAAAAUCCGGUAAAGAAUGAGUUUACUGUAUUACACAGAAGUUCUGUCAUUGAAUCCCUCUGUAGUAUCCAAAGCAGCUUUUUAUAUUGUUUAGGUAAUAACUUAAGUUGUGAAAUGUUGUAUAUUUCACAGAAAUAUUGCUUGAAUUAAAGCCAGUACUUGGGAGUUAGUUGAUUUUCUUGUCUUGACGCUGUCUGUAAUGUCCAGAAUCAUUCUCAAAGCUCUGUUUUUAUGCUUUGCAUUUGAAAAUAUACAUUUUAGCCAACACCUUUGUGGCCCGUACAUGCAAGAGUAUAUAACUCCUAGUGCCAACAAACUUAACUUUGCCUGAGAAUGUAUUUUUAAUAUUAAAAUUAUUCAUUGUUUAAUCAAGUUUAGGCAGUAGUGGUGUUUAAUAUGUACUGCUUACAUUAUUGCUUGUGCAUUUGCUUAUGUACUUGAAUCAAAGAAACUGUAAUGGCUGAGUAUCAUUAUUAAGCAUUUAAAUGAAUUGACACUGAGAAGUGUUUACUGUUGGUCCUAUAAGUUACAAUAGAGAGACUGAAUGAAUUAAAAAAAAUAUUUUCAUGGAUUAGAGCAUUCUUUCCUUGAAUGAAUACUGAUUAAAAAGAUGACAUUACUGUGACAGCCAAUUAAAAUUUUUCCAGUUUAGUCUUGAGUUUCUCUCUCAAUAAGUUAAGUUAUUAAUCUUGGUUAGCAAACAUUUCUCCUCCAAAACUGGCUCUUAGUCAUUCCCACAGAGAACUUAGCACACUGGGAAUUUGUCAUAUUAUGCCCAUAUUUUAAAAAUAUUCAUACUUUGAGUCUUAGAUUUUAAGGAAGGUUUCCCCCCCCCCCGAAUAUAGAACAAAAUAUUUUUUAAUGGUAUGGAAGUAUAUUUCAUGUCUUUUAUAUGAACAAAUGGGUUGCUUGUUCAUAUGAAUAAGGUUCUUCAGAGUAUUUUAGAUACUUUCAAAGUUGCAUUAAUUUUUUUUCUAAGUCAUAUACCACUUAUGGAGUGGCCGACUCAGUAUAUCAGUGGAUUGGAUUUGUUGAUUUUGUUCCUAAGGUGGACUUUAUUCAUUUUAUAGUGAGUUACCCAGAAAGAUCUAAAAUACAUUUUUAAAAGUGCAUUUUUAGAUUAAAGUGCCUAAUUUCUGAUUAAUGAAUAGAAAAUUAAAAAGUAGGGAGAACAUAAUCCUUUAUGGUUUUAAAUUUAUGUAUGUGCCACAUUCAUGUAAUACCAGCUAUAAAAUAGGGGAUUCAGAAUUUAUGCUGUCUGCAUGUACUGUUUCAUAAUGUGUAGAUUACUUGCAUUAAACAAUAUGAAAUUAUGCUUCAA